UUUUCAUUUCUUUUCUGUUUUUUAUUCUCUCGCUCCGCGCCCCCUUCCCCUGUUUCCUGCUUUUUGUAUAUUACAGUUACGCCACCGCAAUUCCCUAUACUAACCCUUUCUCCACACUCUCUGGUACGUGCCACGUGUCACGUCUCCCAUAAUUUCAUUCAUGAUUUGUAGAUUUCUUUGCAAUAAAAAGAAAAAAAAGGAAGAAGGAUCCACCAUGUCCUCCCCAGCCGUACGGUUGCACAUCCAAAAUCACUAUGUGGUGAUGGAUAAUGGCAUAGUCCAAGUUACUUUAUCAAAACCAGAUGGAAUUGUUACUGGAAUAAAAUACAAUGGUGUUGACAAUUUGCUUGAAGUUCUCAAUAAGGAGCCCAAUAGAGGGUACUGGGAUCUUGUUUGGAGUGCACCAGGAAGCAAAGGAAUCUUCGAUGUGAUUAAAGGAACGUGUUUCAAAGUUAUAGUUCAAAAUGAGGACCAGGUGGAGCUUUCGUUCAAAAAAAUGUGGGAUCCUUCUCUUGAGGGAAAGUUUGUCCCCUUAAAUAUUGACAAAAGAUUCAUUAUGCUCCGUGGUUCAUCGGGCUUCUACUCUUAUGGAAUUUAUGAGCACUUAAGAGGAUGGCCAGAUUUUGAUCUUAGCGAAACGAGGAUCACUUUCAAGCUUAGAAAAGACAAGUUUCAGUACAUGGCUGUGGCAGACGAUAGGCGAAGGAUUAUGCCUUUUCCAGAGGAUCGGUUACCGGGAAGAUGCCAACCUUUGGCCUACCAAGAAGCUGUCCUACUAGUCAAUCCUAAGGAUCCACGAUUAAAAGGAGAGGUGGAUGACAAGUAUCAAUACUCAUGUAAAAACAUAGACAAUCGAGUCCAUGGGUGGAUAUCUUUCAAUCCACAUGUAGGAUUCUGGCAGAUCACACCUAGUGAUGAGUUUCGUUCUGGUGGACCCCUCAAGCAGAAUUUGACCUCACAUGUUGGACCUACCACACUGGCCAUGUUUCUUAGUGGUCACUAUGCUGGACAAGAUUUGGUACCCAAAUUUAGAGGCGGUGAACCAUGGAAAAAGGUUUUUGGUCCCGUAUAUAUUUAUCUCAAUUCCGGGUCAACCGGUGAUGACCCGCUCUUGCUAUGGGAGGAUGCAAAAAUACAGAUGAUGAGAGAGGUUCAAAGUUGGCCAUAUUCAUUCCCCGCUUCAGAGGAUUUUUUAAAAUCAGAUCAACGAGGCAGUGUCUGUGGCAAAUUAUUUGUCUUAGACAGGUACAUCAGCCCUGACGUAAUACCAGCAAAUGGUGCUUAUGUUGGUCUUGCUCCACCAGGAGAUGCAGGAUCAUGGCAAAGAGAAUGCAAGGACUAUCAAUUCUGGACCAGAGCAGACGAGAAUGGAAAUUUUACGAUUAGCAAUGUACGUCCAGGUGACUACAACCUUUUUGCCUGGGUGCCUGGUUUUGUUGGAGAUUACAACAAAUUUGGUGAUAUUAUGAAGAUAACCUCAGGUUCUUACAUGGAAUUGGGUCAAUGUAUAUAUAAACCUCCCAGGGAUGGCCCCACAUUGUGGGAAAUAGGUAUUCCUGAUAGAUUGGCCGCAGAAUUUUAUGUUCCUGAUCCGAAUCCACAGCAUAUUAAUAAGCUUUUUAUCAACCAUCCAGACAGGUUCAGGCAGUAUGGAUUGUGGGACAGAUAUUCAGAAUUAUAUCCUGAUGCAGAUUUGGUUUAUACAAUUGGUGUUAGUGACUACAGGAAGGAUUGGUUUUUCGCUCAGGUUCCCAGAAAAAGAGAGGAUAACACUCAUCAAGGAACAACUUGGCAAAUCAAGUUUGAACUCAGUGGUGUGAUUCAAGGAACUACAUAUACACUGAGAGUUGCACUUGCAUCUGCUACAUUAGCUGAAUUGCAGAUUCGAGUCAAUGACCCCAAUGCAAGGCGGCCACUAUUUACCACUGGAUUAAUAGGAAGGGAAAACUCAAUUGCAAGACAUGGAAUUCAUGGACUCUAUUGGCUAUACCAUGUGAGCAUACCAAGUUCUCUUCUUAUUGAUGGCACAAAUACUCUAUAUUUUACCCAGCCAAGAUGCAACAGUCCUUUCCAGGGUUUCAUGUACGACUAUAUUCGUUUGGAAGGUCCACCUUGUUUGACAGAAGAUAUUUAACCUAGCCUAGCGGCUGCAGCUUGUAUGCGUGUAUUUCAUUUGCACAAACGUUCUCGAAUGCCUAAACCCAUGACAAAUUUAUGUUGUUUGUGUUAGACUAGUUCAUCCACACCACUAUUCAUGAAACAGACAGAGAACUUGUGCCCACCGUUUUGUAUAAUGUGGGAUUUCACCUGGUAUUUGAACCUCAGUGGGGUGUUUAAAAAAUCAAAUACCAUAUUACACUUCAAAUUCUAUGGUACAUUUUAAAAUUUUCUGUUAUACUGAAUAUGAAUUCUUCCAUAUUUGAGGAUACAAUGUUGAGAGUGAUCCAUAAAUAUCAUUGAUCAAUUGUUGGGAUGGCUAAAAAGCUGUAUAUUGUAGACUUUUUU